UGCUGCUGCUGUGCCAGCAUCUGUGCCUUGCGCUGGGGGGACAGGUCUAAUUUGGUAACGAGGCAGACACAUGCUUUAUUUCUAUUUUCUCUUUCCAGAUGGGAUAGCGUUUUGCUCAGAAAGCCCCGAGGUCCUUGUUUCGGGCUGAUGGCAGGAAAUGCCCAGCCUGGGCUGAGAGAUCAACAGCGAGCGAGUGGGCGGACUGCAAAAAAAAGUGGAAGUCGCUGCACAGCCGCUUUCCUCCCGCUGCGCUGCCGCCUCUCGACACGUCACUGAGCCAGCCUCCCGGGGAAAAACGAGCGCUGGGACGCCCGCCGCAGCACUGCUCGGCGCCCCGCUCCCCGGCCGGCACCCGCGGAGGAUGCUGAGCCGGCAUGGCCCCCAGCGCCGCAGCCCCGGCCCUGUGCCUAGCGCUGCUGCUCGCCCUGCACGUCGACGGCGAGCGGCUGCCGAGACCCGCGCGCGUGCGCUUUGACGCCGAGAUGGUGCAUCACCUGCUGCGCUGGGAGCCGGGGCCGCGCUCCCCCCGCGACGCGCGCUACGACGUGCAGCACAGAGUCUACGGCAGGAACUCCUCCUGGACGCCGGUCCCCAGCUGCCUGGGCAUCGCGGGGCACUCGUGUGACCUCACCUACUACACGCUGGACCCCGAGGGGCGCUACUACGCCCAGGUCAGGGCCGUCUCCGGGAACCGCACGUCCCCGUGGAGCCGGAGCAACGCUUUCUCCCCCAAAGAAGCCAGCCUGCGGCUCUCGGGGCAGAGCCUCUCCGUGACGGGCAACACCAUCCACGUGAGGCUGCAGCUGCUCCUGCAAGCCGGCAACCGCACCGUUAAAUAUGAGGACAUACAAAAGCACAUGCGGCGCUACAAGGCGUACGUCCGGAGGGCGCACGACAACCAGACGUACGAAGUGGUGCAGACCCAGACGGAGUUCAACAUCAGCAACCUCUUCUGGGGCACCGAGUACUGCGUCAGCGUGGAGCCCGACGUGGCGAGCCGGCAGGCCCGCGCCGUGCGCACCGCGGAGCAGUGCCUCACCAUCGGCAGCGGCGACAAGAGCGCAGAGCUCCUGAGCAUCGUCAGCAUCUUCUUCAUCACCGUGCUGCUCUCGGUCAUCCUGGGGACUCUGCUGGUCUGCACGUACAUAAAGAAGCCCGUGAAGCCGCCGUCCGUGCUGAAGUCCUUCCUGAAGCAGGGCUCGCUCUGGGUGGAGCAGGAGCACUUCUCGCCGGCCAGGCUGGACGCGGACCCCGUCGAGCAGCUCUUCCUGUGCCAGAAGGCGCCGAAGCAGCCCAGCAGCCCGGCCGGCAGCACCGGCUCGCUCCAGUGGCCCCCAGAGCAGGACCACGGGCUCGCGACGCUGCCCGAGGACCGGGCUCAGCUGCUGGGCCCAGGCGCCACGGCGAGCAGGGACUGCAGCUGCACCAGCACCGACAGCGGCAUCUGCCUGCACACCUCCUCCGCCGAGCCGGGCCCCGCCGGCCGGGGCGACGCGGGGCAGCCGCCCGCCGGCGACGACAGCGGCAUAAGCCUGGCGCGGACUUCGCCCUGCCUGGCGCUCUCCUCCGGCGGCAGCGGCGGCCUCUGCCAGCCCGCGGAGGGAGGGCAGCCAUGGGGAGCGGAGCACGGCCUCCCCGCCGCCGCCGCGGGCGAGGAUGCCCCCCAGGACGUGGAGUUUCGGGGAUACCUGCAGCAGUGCAAGGGCACGGUAGAGCCGAGGUGGGACAGAGGCGAGGGGCUGCCCCCCUGGGGCUGCGCAGGGCCCGCGCAGGGCGGCACGGACGUUGUGCUGGACACGGACUGCUCCGAGCUGCCGGUGGCCAAGGGCUACCUGAAACAGGCGUCUCCCGAACCUCCCCGCGGCCACACGCAGGACAUCGCGGUGCCCGGCUGCCCUUGGGCGCCCGCUGCCUGGGGCUUUCCCGGCCAGCCCCCGCAGGGCUGCGGGGCCCCCGGCACCCCCGGGGCCCCCAAAGGCAGCCCCGACCUCCUGAAGGCGGCCUUCGAGCUGAGCCUGCCCGGCGCCGCGCCGCUGGGGCCGCUGCCCCUCCUCGCCAGCCUCAGCACCAACGCGUGGCUCACGCUGCGCGCCAGCCCGCCGGGCGCGCUGGAGGCGGCCAGCAAGGACAGCCGCCUGUGAGCCCCCGCGCCGCCCCCGCGCCGCCCCACUACCUCUGCCGGCCGCUGCCCUCGCGCAGCCGCCGCUCUCAUAAGCUAUCGCCGACGCCGAAGGUGAGCGCGGCGCACUGACAGCGAUCCUGGCCCGGCGCUGCCGCGGGGCGCCCAGCUCCCGCACCCGCGGCCGCGCUCGGGGCGCCGGGCCGCCCAGCGCCGGGGCGCGCUUCCCCUCCCGACUUCCCCCCGCGCGGCAUGGGCUGCUCCGGCUGACAUCCCUACGGCCGAGGCUUUCACAACACGGGUACCGAAACGCGGCUGACGUCACGCGGGAAGGACUUUCCCGGCCCCCCGGCAGAGCCCCGUGCGCCCCGGGCCAGCGCCACGUCCGUCGCGGGAGCGCUCCCGCUCGCCCGGGCGGCCGCGGAUGCCCUGCUGGUUUUGCAUGGACACCAACACCUUAUUUAUUCUAUUUAAUUUGUAAAUACAGAAAGGAGGCAGUGUUA